GGGAGGGUGGAGGGCCGACCGCAGAGAGAGAGGAGGCGGGCCGGAGAGGAGGGAGAGAGGUCUUGGCUCUUGUCUUACCAAGGCGCUUUGAUUCAGUAGCUGAGACGGCGCGGCGCUUACCAGCCACUCCGAAGCUUCGCAAUCCAUCGACAAAUUCGGACAAAAACGGAUUUCUACAAGGGGACUUCGUGUCGUUAUUUCGUCUCUUUACGCACAGUUUCCAAAAAAGUAACCUUCUACAUUUCAACAUCUAUCUGAAAUCAGUCCAUAUAUUGGAUCGCUAAAGUUUUAAAAUAUGUCCAAUGAGGAGAAUAACAGCCGCUCAACGUCCGAGAGUUUGAGUUUGGCAACAAUGCGAGUCCCUGAGAUGAAGAAAAGCGCAAGAGUUUCCACUCGAUAAGAAUUGGAAGAGAAGGACAGAGCAGAACACACAGUGCAGAAGGAAGUGGAGGUCAACAAGGCAACACCAGCGCCUCCUCACAUGAUGGGGAUAAAGCACCUCCUGCUUCUUUUGAUUUACUUAGACCCCCUAAAUGUCCUGUGCGCUGCCGCCAACGCCAACAAGAGGAGCAAACCCCCGCCGAGGAGGAACCCGAAAGUGAAGGAGGUGAACGCAAGCACCACCGCGCUCCCCGCCGCUAUCCCGCGGAAAAUCACCCAGGUCCAAGCUCCUUCCGUGGGUCAACAUGAUACCUGCAUGGGCUACUACGACGUGAGUGGCCAAUACGACAAGGAGUUCGCCUGUAAUAACACGGACCACCGCUUCUGCUGCGGCAGCUGCUUCCUGCGCUUCUGCUGUGCGGAUCGCGGGAAGCGGUUGGAGCAGAAGAGCUGCACCAACUACAACACCCCGGACUGGAUCAAAACCCAGCCCCCUUCACCAGCGCCCACAGGAGACACAUACGACCCAGCGCUGGACCAGACCAACACUACGGUGUACAUCACCUGCGGGGUCAUUGCGCUCAUCAUCGCCAUUGGGAUUUCUGCUAAAGUUGCCUAUGAUAAAGCCACCAAACCCCCUCAGGAGAUGAACGUGCACAGAGCUCUGGCGGACAUUCUGAGGCAGCAGGGACCCGUUUCAGCAUCACAGUUUGAACAUGAAGACAUCGCAGCCAUUAAUGGUUCUCCCAAAGAUGAGACCCCCAUCAGGACCUCAAAGAAUCACUACACUCCUGUUCAUGCAAAGACAUCCAACCAUGGUCAUUACGGCAAAGAAAACCUGCGUACUGGAGGACAAGACAUGCACAACUUCAUCUCUUCUGGGUUUGUCACGCUCGGACGUGGCCACUUGAAAGCGCAACAAUCCAUAGACGAAUCGGGGCAGAUGUCCUGGCAGGGUGACAUGGACAUUCCCAUGUCUUACGGUAUGUCCUCCAAAAACCUCCAUCUUUUUACUGCUUGCAUCUGGUAA